GCUUGCUUUGACCCGGAUCGCUCUGUCCUUGCAGAAAACCAUGGCUACUCUCAAGGAGAAGCUGAUUACCCCCAUCGCUGCGGGAUCCGUAGUCCCGAACAACAAGAUAACUGUUGUGGGGGUUGGACAGGUUGGGAUGGCCUGUGCUAUCAGCAUCCUGGGAAAGGACCUUUGUGAUGAGCUUGCUCUGGUUGAUGUUUUGGAAGACAAACUUAAAGGAGAAAUGAUGGAUCUACAGCACGGAAGCUUGUUCCUUCACACUCAUAAGAUUGUGGCAGACAAAGACUACGCUGUCACAGCCAACUCCAAGAUUGUGGUAGUAACUGCAGGAGUUCGUCAGCAAGAGGGGGAGAGCCGUCUCAACCUGGUUCAGAGAAAUGUGAAUGUCUUCAAAUUCAUCAUUCCUCAGAUUAUCAAAUACAGCCCCAACUGUACCAUUCUGGUAGUUUCCAACCCCGUGGAUAUAUUGACCUAUGUCACCUGGAAGCUGAGUGGCCUGCCAAAACACCGUGUGAUUGGAAGUGGCUGCAAUCUAGACACAGCCAGAUUUCGCUAUCUGAUGGCCGAGAGACUUGGCAUACACCCAACCAGUUGCCAUGGCUGGAUCUUGGGAGAACAUGGUGAUUCUAGUGUGGCUGUUUGGAGUGGAGUUAACGUGGCAGGCGUUUCGCUCCAGGAGCUGAAUCCUGCCAUGGGAACUGACAAAGAUAGUGAGAACUGGAAGGAGGUCCACAAGCAAGUAGUUGAAAGUGCCUAUGAGGUAAUCAGACUUAAGGGAUACACAAACUGGGCCAUUGGCCUUAGUGUUGCUGAGCUCUGCGAGACCAUGCUGAAGAACUUGUGCCGUGUUCACUCAGUCUCAACACUGGUAAAGGGCAUGUAUGGCAUUGAUAAUGAUGUCUUCUUGAGCCUUCCUGCUGUCCUGAGUAGCUCUGGAUUGACAAGUGUCAUCAACCAAAAGCUGAAGGAUGAUGAGGUGGCUCAGUUGAAAAAGAGUGCGGAUACAUUGUGGAGCAUCCAGAAAGAUCUUAAAGAUCUGUAAUCUAUGAAUGUUAGGUAUGUUCCAGAAAUAGAAAAACAGUGUGUUAUGUGCAAAGUGGGCUCUACUCACUGUACAUCAUUAUGGUUUAAACAUUUAAUGCUGUUCCAAAAUGAGCUUUGUUCACAGUAGCUAAACUUACGUUUGCUGUAACGCACAGACCUUAUGAACAAAUAAAGUAACUUUCAGGCAUGUUUUGUUGUCCUGGUGAUUUAUUUUGCAGUACCUUAAUUACCUGCCUUACUCUAACAUUCUGCUUUAUUGUAUGCCCCAGCCUACAUGGAAGUGUUUAAAAGGUUAGAAACAAGGCAGUAAUCACUUGUGGUGGGAUUUCACUAAUACAGUCUUACUGGAAAUGAUUUCUGUAUGAUUUAGUUUCAGCCCAGGUUCGAAGUGUAGUUCAUUACAAGACUUUUUUUCUGAUAAAGUACUUCCUGUUUUUUCUCUGAUGGAUAGAGGAAAUGGAAUGGGGAUUUGCCUCUGGGCCACCUGCCCAAAGCAUGCCAACAUUAAGAUUCUGUAUGCUACUAGCCUAGAAAAAGGGACCUCUAGAUGCUUCUCUUCUGCUUUCAGUUCUUUGCCUCUCACUGGUGUCUAGUUUUCAUAAUGUUCAAAGCAAACAAAAUUAUUUUCUAUUUGA